AUGUCGAGCUCUCCUCCAGGAAUAGGUCUUGUCGAGACCUCCCAUGCUCACGUACCAGACCGUGAUGAUACGAACGACCUUCAUCUUCCCCAGCUCCACGGCGUGUCUGCCACCCCAGAUGAUAACCUCGAGGAAAAAAAUUUGGACAAACUUGAACAGCCACCAGAAGAUGAAUGGCAAUGUGACCCAAUCAACCCCAGGAAUUGGCCUCCGGCCAAAAAAUGGACAACCACUGCAAUCGUUGCGCUCUACACUUUUGUUACUCCGUUAGCUAGUUCUAUCAUGGCGCCUGGUUUGCCUGACCUGGCCAUAAAAUAUGGCAUAACUAACCCAACGGUCACAGCGUUGACUCUCAGCAUCUUCCUUCUGUCAUUCGCCAUCGGCCCCUUAUUUGCCGCACCGUUGUCUGAAGUAUACGGUCGUGUGUGGGUGCUCCACAUAGCGAACCUCUUCUUCCUCGCGUUUAAUCUCGGCUGUGCUUUUUCACCCAACACUGCAUCUUUCAUCGUCUUUCGGUUGCUAGCUGGUUUUGCGGGGAGCGCGCCCAUAGCAUGCGGUGGAGGUGUCAUCAGCGACCUCUUCUCUGAACGUGAACGUGCUUCAGCUAUGGCACUAUACAAUAUAGGACCAUUGAUAGGUCCCGCCGUCGGCCCUGUUAUGGGAGGUUUCAUGGCAGAGUCGGUCGGCAUACAAUACGAUUUCUAUGUUGUCGUCGCGAUCUGUGGUGUCGCUGCAGUGCUUGGAAUCCCUCUCAUGAGAGAAUCCUAUGCACCAGUUAUCCGCCUUCGUCGUGACAAAUUGUCUCCGGAUCUCGAAAAGGUGGCCGAAGGACAUCCUGCUUUCGCCGCACACCACAUGAAUAAAUGGGCUUACUUAUGGAUCAAUCUCAAACGACCCGUUAUCCUUUUGACCCGGAGUUUUAUAUGUUUCAUCCUAAGCUUAUACAUGGCUCUGAUUUAUGGUAUCUACUACUUGAUGUUUGCUACAUUCCCCAAUCUCUUUUCGGAAGUGUACCACUUCAGCACCGGAAUAUCGGGUCUGACAUACAUUGGACUUGGCUUUGGAUUCAUAUCCGCCACCAUUUUCGGCGUCAAACUUUCGGGCAAGAUUUACACGCACCUUGCUGCAAAAAAUGGAGGAAAGGGUAAGCCAGAGAUGCGCGUGCCAGCUCUGAUAUUCGGCUCGUUGUUCACCCCAGUGGGAUUACUUUGGUAUGGCUGGUCUGCUCAAGCCGAGCUCCACUUCAUGAUGCCAAUCACCGGAACCGCCAUCUUUGGGUUUGGACUGAUGACGACCUUUCUCCCAAUUCAACUAUACCUCGUAGAUACAUUUACCUAUGCUGCAAGCGCGACCGCAGCCGCUUCUACGUUCCGCUCACUGCUCGCGUUCGCAUUCCCUCUCUUUGGACAACAAAUGUUCAACGCACUCGGUUAUGGGGGAGGCAACUCCCUUCUUGCAGGUCUUGCGAUCGUCAUUGGUAUACCCUUCCCCAUCUGGAUAUAUUACGCUGGUGAACGUAUACGUGCAAGGAGCUCUUUUACUCAUUGA